UCCUUGGAAGGUGAUAGUAAAGAGGCCAGCUGUGUGAUUUCCUAAACAACUGGCAUAGUCCUCAGCCCUCCCAUGAGUUUCUACUUGAACCUUCAUCACGGUGAUGGAGGAGGAGGGAGAAGCAGCCUUCAGUGGAAGCCACACACAGAUAACUGAAUGGGGCUGGCUGGAAGAACACCAGCGAAGCUUCCAGUGGUAGUGGUCAGGUUGUGUCCAAGAGAUGUGAUGGAGAUGGCACUGGACAUGGAUGGAGGUGGGAUUUGGCCAAUUUUUGCCCAAUUCAUGGUGAAGGUCACCCAUCCACCGGUGUGGAGCAACUUUGGGUUAGCAUUUCACGAGAGCCACUAAGCAACAGUCACCUACUAAUAAAACACUUUGGUUGGUGUGGGAUUCCUGUCUCUUAUCAAUGAGAUGUGGUUAUUUUGCUUAGCUAUCAGCACACAUGCAGUGAAAUGGCAUAGUUCAGGUUUGGUGGGUAGCUGCAUGAUAUGUUAGCUUAUCACAGCGAUAGACUCAGCCUGAAGCACUGCUGUUUGGUUGACACGCAUAUGUGGGCCUUCCAUUUGGUUUUGUUCUAUCAUUGUUUCUUCCCUGAGACUCUGAAUUGGAAGGAAGAAACGUCUCCUCCAGGAAAUCAGUUCCAGGGACUCAGCGAACCUGUGAUGGAGCAGCACUGGGUGGGGAGGGGAAGUCAACAGAAGCGGAUAGAACCUGAGGUCAGGAAGAAGAAAGCAACAGCCUGAUCUUAAUGCACUGAGGAACAGAGCAGCCAGAAAUCACAGGAGGAUGUUCAGGUUGGUGGGGCCGUGCUGCUGCAGAAGAGCACAGGAAUAGCUGUGUGUUGUCAGCUCGCUAAUCCAGGUAAUGCUUUAUGCUGGCAGUGCUGAGAUCCUGCUCACAGCUCAUUAGGUGUGCACUAAUUUGGUUCCCUGCAAGCCUGCCAUUAACUGCUCUGUGGCCAUGCACAUAAACCCAAAUAUAGGUCUAAUCUGAGCUUAGAAUUGGUACAGAAUUAGUGGCUAAAAGCAGAACAAAGGAAGUAGAAGUAGCACAGGAUUUCUAAAAACAAAGCUACCCUGACCCAGGGUUAUUUCGUAUCUAUCUUCAAAAGUAGAUGUGCAGAACAGGGCUGAUGCUCUCUGACCCAGCAAGUUCUGCAGCAGGCAAGGUUAAUCUGCACUGUUUUGCAUUUUGUGAUGGAUAAAACCAGUGUUCCUGCAGCUUAAGGCCUUCCACCCCAGGAAGAGCAUAUCCUGUGGGGUGCCAUGGUGUGCGCUGCGAAGGCCUCUGGGGCAAACUGGGAAGGCCCUACAGUACACUGAGCUCUACAAGUGCUCUUGGGCACCUAAUAGUACACUUGGGGUGCCCUGUGAGGCCUCUGGGGCACCUGGGGAAGCCCCUGGGGCACCCUGGAGCACACAUUUGAGCCCUGUGGGUACCCUUGGGCACCCAAGAGUGCAGGCCGGGGCCUGGGGAGGCCUCUGGGGUGCCUGUAGCACACCAGUGAGCCCUCUGAGUGCUGCAGGGCACCCAGGAGUAGAAUGGGGACCUUGGGCGGCCUCAAGGGCACGCAGGAGUAUCAGUGGAGUUUCCUCAGUGUGCCUGAGAUGCUUCCAUGUGCGUCUGAGAGGCCUCCCAAGGCCCCUUGUGUGCUCUCGGGUGUCUGAGAGUACCAGCAGAGACCCGCAGGGGAUCUGAGGCCUCCCCUGGUGCCCAAGGGGCCCACCAGUUCCCCACUGUGUGCUAUCGGGUGCACCCAGGGGUACCCACAGAGCUCCUCGGUGUGCUCUAGGGCACCCAAGAGGACUACUAAGGCCCCCCCAAUGUACUCUGAGGUGCCCAAGGUUACCCGCUGAGCUCCAGGGCACUCGAGAUGCUUCUCUGAGCUACCUAGAGUCCUCCCUUCUCCACUCUGUGGAAUCUCAUGCACCCGAGGGUACCCACAGUGCUCCUCUAUGUCCUCCAAACCGCCCUUGAGGCCUCUCGGGGCCACCCUUGUGUGCUCUUGGGCACCCAAAGGUACCCGCAGAGCUCCUUGCUGUGCUCCAAGUCCCCCCCACAAGUCUUCCCCAGGUGCCUGAGAAGUCCCCCAUUUCAUCUGAGCCAAACGUCAGCACUCAUCUGCGUUCUUUCCGUUGCUGUAGGAGGCUGCUGGUGUGCUGUAGACAGCACUAGGAGGCUCUAGGCAGAUUUUGGCUUCACUGGGAGCGUGCUUGGGGUCUCUAAGCAGAACUGGGGAGCACUGGGAGGUUGUUGAAGGGCUACAGACAGCACUGGUGGAAUACUAGGAGGACAAUGGGGGGUCUAAACAGUACUGAGAUGCCACUGGGAGAGCCCUGGGCGACACUAGGCUGUGAUUGAGAAGUUGUAGGCAGGACUAGGGACCAUUGGGGAGCAAGAAAGCCCUGGUGGGGGGAUCUAGACAACAGUGGGAGGUAUUGGCUUUGUAUUACAAGGUUCUAGGCAGCUUUGGAGGAUACUGGGAGGCACUGAGAUGCUGUAGGCAGUACUGGGGUUGCACUGGAAGUGUACUAGGGUGUUCUAGAUAGCAUUAAGGGGCACUGGAAGAGCACUGAGGAGCUACUGACAGUACCGGGGGGUACUGGGAUUGCACUGGAGUGCUCUAGGCAGUAUUGGGAGCACUGGGAUUGUGCCAUGAGGUUCUAGACAGCCCUGAGGGAUACUGGGAGGGCACUGGGAUGUUAUUGAAGUGCUGCAGACAGCACUAGGGGGCACUGGAGAGCUUCGGACAACAUUUUGGACGCUGGAGGGCUCUAUGCAGUGCUGGAAGAUGCUAGGAAGGAUCUGGGCAUCUCUAGGUACCAUUGGGAGACAGAUUAUUGAGGGGCUGCAAAUGGCACUGGGGGGGACUCCAAACAAUGCUCGGGACGCUGGGUUUGCAGUGUGAGGUUCUGGACAAUGCUGGGAGGCACUGGGAGGUUAUUGAGGGACUGCAGACAGCACCAGGGGGCACUGGAGAGCUUUGGACAGCACUUGGGGGGGCUCUAGGCAGCGCUGGGGGCACUGGGAAGGGUAUGGGGGCUCUGUGAAGUUAUAGAGGGGCUGCAGACCGUGCUGAGGAGCUCUAGACAGUACUGGGGGCCAUGGGAUUGCACUGUGGGGUUGUAGAUGGCCCUGGGGGGACAGUUGAAGAGCCCUGGGGGCCCAUAGGUGACUCAGGGAUGGGAAAUCAUUUUUUUGAACAGGAAAUCAUCGUGGGAACGGGAAAGUGUUGGUGGUGGGCUUCUGCCCUCCAUUCCUGGGCCACAGGACAGGCUCCAGCCCCAAACCCUCUGGGCCAAGGUGCUGCAGGGCCGACACCUAGAGCAGAAGAUGCCCCACAGCGACCUGGGCAGGCACAUGCUGGAGCCCAUCCAGACCCCCGUGCCCAUCUCUGGGGCAGUACAGUGCAACAAACACAUUGAUGUCCUGGGAGCUGCCACUGCCAGCCCCAUCCCUUCCCCUGCAAAAACCACCUCUCCCCCAAAAAACCUUUGUUGGGAUGCAGAAUUUUUGGGAUGGAAAAGCAAGAAGUAUUUGGAUAAUGAGUGGUUGCUGGGAUAGGAAAUCACUGGGAUGGGAUUAUUAUUAUUUUUUUUUUCUUCUUUAUUUUCAUUUCUCUUACAUAGCGCUUUAUUGGGGUUUAUCACAGCCCACUCCCGCUUCCCAUGCCUGCCCCAUGAAUUGGGGCAGGGAUGGCCAUCGUGGAAUGGAGCAGAUGGAUGGAGGGCUCCUGUUUUGCUGUGGGCAGCCAUGGGAGAUGCGGGGAGCACUGGGAGGAGCCGUUCCCACGGCACAGGGAAGCGGGGGUGGCUAGAGCUGCUUUGCAGUCAUAUAGACGUAUAUAGAUGCCUUGCAUAUAAUUGCUCUCCCGACUCCAUGCUUUUCUGGUCCUGGGAGUUUUGUCCCAGGACAGGAUUCACCCAAGCCUGUAGGUCCAGGGCAGGAUUUUCCAGUCCAGUGCAUCUCAUUCCCAGGAGGGUUAUAAAGGGGAACUGUAAGAAAGAGGGGGAUAGACUUUAGCAGAGUCUGUUGUCAGAGGACAAGGGGAAAUGGUUUCUAACUCAAAGAGGAGAGAUUUAGGCUGGAUAUAAGGAAGAAAUUAUUUACAACAAGGUUGGUGAGGAACUGAAACAUGGUGCCCAGAGGGAUGGUGGAUGCCCCAUCCCUGGAGACAUCCAAGGUCAGACUGGAUGGGGCUCUGAGCACUUAAUCGAGUUGUGGAUGUCUCUGUUCAUUGCAGUAAGUUGGACCAGAAGAUCUUUAAGAGCCCCUUCCAACUCAAACCAUUUUACAAUUCUAUGUAGAGCAGUGUCCCAUCCCCCAAUCUGCUCCAGAAAGUUGCUGUGACCAUCCCCUACUGGGGGAAAAGUACUUUUUUCGCGAGGGGGAACAAAACUGCUUUGUACUCUCCCCCAAGGGGGAAGCUCCCUCCCUUCCUGCCAUCCUUAUCACUAGUGCUCAGCUCCUGCUACGGAGCAGGACGUGGCCAUGGGGCAGCUGGGGACAGGUCCCGUCCAAGCCCAGCCAGGGGGGGAUGCUCUUUGCAGGGUGAGGAGGGAUCUCUGCUGCCUGCAGGGCUGAGCCUGCCGAGGGACGCAAUGCUUGCAAAACAGCCCUGGGAUGGCUUGGGAAGGUUUGAGCGGCUCAUCACCCCGCCUUGCACAGCCCGGCCAAGCCCAGACGCCCCAGGGAGCCCGGGGGAGCAGCAACGCAGCGUCUGGGCUGGCGGCAGCCAACCUGUCAGGCAGGUUUCCUUACAGCAGCCAACGAAGCCACCAGGGCCGGGCAUGCCCCUCCGUGCGCUUGCAGGCUGACGGGGCCGCCCGGCUCUUUCCUCACCGCCGAAGCCAUGCGGGCGGCCGGGCUGCUCCUCGCUUGGGUGCUGCUGCGUCCUGCUGGCACCCAGCAAUGUCACCCUGGCAGCCCCGCUGGUGUCCUCCGCUUCACCGACACCCACGCUGAAAUCCGAGUGCCGGCGCUGCACCGCGUGCCCAGCUCCCUUGACCCCCUCUAUGGCCUCGUCCGACACUACCUGGACCUCAUCCAGCAGAACCCCCUACCCACAGAGCUUCUCAGGGCAGCCCUGAACGACCCCAGCUCAGUGCGGACAUCACAGGUUGUGCAGUACGAGCUGGGCUAUGUCAUUUGUGCCGCGGUGGCUCUGCUCUUCACUGUGGCUGUGCCAGUGGCAGGGCUGUGCUUCUGCUAUUGCCGGAGCCGGCGGCGGUGCGGGGGCCGCCUGCGUGCCCACCGGCGCUCCCUGGCCUGCAGGCGCCGCUGCCUCCUCAUCUGCCUCUCCAUCACCUCCAUCAUCAUCCUGACCAGUGCCAUCUGUGCCUUGGUCACCAACCAGCGAGUGAAGGAGCAGAUGGAGCCGGGGCUCGGUGCCGUGCCGGCCACAUUGCGCACGCUGCGGCAGCACAUUGCCAACGUCCCCCAGGGUGUGCAGAUGGUGGUGGACCAGUUUGAAGUGCCCCGGCAUCAGAUAAUCUCUGACCUGGGGGGGGUGAGCCGCAGCGUGGGGUUCUCCAUCCACACACAGCUGAAGGCGAUGACCUACGCGGCACUGGCGGACCUGCAGGACAGGGCAGGAGACCUACAGACCUCGCUGCACCAUUUACAGAUUCUCAACAAGACGGUCCGAGCGCUGACAGCAGCACGGGCUGAGCUGGAGCCAGUGCUGGAGGAGCGGCGGCAGCGUGUGGUCGCGCUCCUGGAUGAUCCGCGCUGCACCUCUUGUGCCAGCGUGCUGGGCAGGGCGCAGAGCCUGCAGCUGGGUGCUGACUACAGCAAGGUGCCUUCGGUGGAGAAGGUGUUGAAGACGUUGGCUGGUCUGCCCCGGAGUGACUUUGCAGAGAUGAUUCGGCAGGGCAAUGGUACAUUCAAUUCUAUCCCGGAGCUGGCUGUGGAGAGGAUGGCGCAAGUGAUCCAGGAGCUGCGGGAGGAGAUGGCCCGAGUGUCAGAGAAGGUGCAGACCAUAGCUGAUGGCUUCCCCCUCCCUGACUACACCCGGCACAUCAACGAGGCCCUGCUGAAGGCAGAGGACAGGAGUCAGCCUUUCCUCCGGGAGGUGGAGCGCUUCGAGUGGUACAGGUGGGUUGCAGGCACGACGCUGUGCUCCAUCGUCCUCCUCAUUGUCGCCUGCAAUGGGGCAGGGAUGGCUCUGGGGACGUACGGACUCUCCAAGAGGGAGGACCCGAGUGACUAUGAGUGCCGAGGAGAAGCCGGUGCCAAGUUUCUCAUGAUCGGCGUGGGCCUGGGUUUCCUGUUCUCCUGGCUCCUCAUCCUGAUGGUUUUCACCACCUUCUUGGUUGGGGGCAACAUCCAGACGUUGGUUUGCAGGAAUUGGGUCAACCAGGAGAUUUACAAGUUUAUUGACACCCCUGGGAACCUGCCUCCAUCCAUGAACCUUACCCAGCAGCUCAACCUCAGGAGGGACUCCAACCUCACUGCUGCAUACCGGGAAUGCAAGAGUGGCGCGGGGCUGUGGGAGGUGCUGCAGCUGGAGAAGUCCUAUGACCUGGAUGAGCACCUCAAAAGCCCCAAGUACACGGCCAACUUCCAAAAACGCCUGGGCGACUUCACGGCACGGCUGGGCGACGUGCGGCUGCUCCGCAGCGAGGGCAGGAACGACCUGGAGACCUUUGCCCGCAGCGGCGUGGAUGAGGUGGACUAUGGGCGCUUCCAGGAGGAGAUGAAGAUCCCCAUUGUGCAGACCAGCAUCCCCGCCCUGGCUCGGAGCCUGGAGGGGCUGCAGAAGAUGCAGAGGAAUGGCACGGUGGCAGGACGGCUGGCUGCUGAGGCCAGGGCUCUGUGGCAGAUGCAGAACUCCACGGUGCAAACUCAGGAGGCGUUGGUGGUGAAGCUGGGGGAAAGCGUCCGGUUCCUUUCACGCUUGGCACCGCACCUGCAGGAGCGAGUGAAGACCACACUGGCCACCAUUGCCUCAGUGGAAGCCCGGCUGCCUGUACAAGCCCAGCAGAUCCUCCGACAGGAGAUAGGCUGCUUCACGAGGAAGGAGCUGCGCUACUUCGCUCAGUACCUGCACUGGGUCGGACAGACGUUGAGGGAGGAUGUGGCUUCAUGCCAGCCUCUCGCCACAGCCCUUGACAACGGGAGGGUGAUCCUGUGCGACCGCAUUGCUGACCCCUGGAACGCCUUCUGGUUCAGCCUGGGGUGCUGCACCUUCUUCCUCAUCCCCAACAUCAUCUUUGCCAUCAGGCUCACCAAGCAUUUCCGCCCCAUCCGCAACCGGCUCAUCUCUACAGGGUCAGAGGAGACCUGUCCCUUCCACAUCCCUCGUGUCACAGCGCUGAAGCUCUAGGCCAGGCUCUGCAGGGACACCCGUGUCCAUGCACUGUAGGGCUCCAGGUCCUUGCCACAUCUCUUCCUCAGUGUCUGAGCACCAAUGGGGACCCCCCUGGAGCCUGGCUGACCGGGGACCUCAGGCAGUGUCCCUGCAGCUCCCGCUGACCGCUGGCUCACCCGCUGCACACGCAGACCCCGCUGCGACGCGUGCCUGGCUCCCUCUUGCCCACCGCAGCCCUCCUGCAGCAGCACCUUGCAACGCUUCUCCACUCCCAGGAUGGAGCACAUUAAACCUUCCUGAGCCAAACCCACC